GACGACGCUAACUCAAUUCCUUUUGCAACGUCGAAACCCCAAAACCCAAUCCUUAUCUCUCUCUCGCAGUCUCUUCGUCAAGUCUCUGGAAUCAUCGAAUCUUUUCUUGAGUUUUUUUUAUAGUCCUUACGUAUCAGUUAACAUUUUCUUGAAUUUUCUAUAAAGAAAACAACAUAUCGAUCUGAAAAAAAGAAUAUGAAUUCGACGAUGGAGGCCGGAGUUGGAGGCGGUGGUGCGGCAGUGGCGACGGAGUUUCUGCAGAUUCGGUUGAACCACAGGCACGAUCCAAAGGAGAAUCAGUGCUCAUCCGUGCUCGUCAAGCAUAUCAAAGCCCCUGUUCAUCUCGUGUGGUCUCUGGUGAGGAGAUUCGAUCAGCCACAGAAGUAUAAGCCCUUUGUGAGUAGGUGUGUGAUGAAAGGUGAUGUUGGAAUCGGCUCUGUUCGAGAGGUUGACGUUAAGUCUGGCCUCCCUGCUACCACUAGCACCGAACGGUUGGAGCUUUUGAACGACGACGACCACAUUCUUGGUAUCAAAAUCCUUGGUGGUGAUCACAGGCUUAAGAACUACUCCUCAGUUGUUACAGUACAUCCAGAGGUAAUUGAUGGUAGAGCUGGCACUAUGGUGAUCGAGUCAUUCGUGGUGGAUGUACCAGAAGGGAACACCAGAGACGAGACUUGUUACUUCGUGGAAGCUCUUAUACGAUGCAAUCUCAAAUCUUUGUCCAAUGUUUGCGAGAGAAUGGCUGCUGAUCUGGACAGGAUUUGACUAAGAUUACUUCUUCCUAAAACCGUAGGAUAAUUAAGCAACAUUGGCUAUUAUUAUGUGACAACCUUUUUUUGUUGGCUUCGGGUCUUCCUUUGUAUGUAUAUAUAGUCGAAGAGCGCAUAUUACCAUUGAGUGUGGUCGUGUGGACCAGUCGUAAACCUCUAGUACUCCUUUAGGACAGCUUCAUGUCUGAUUCUUCCAUUCGAGUCUGGUUGUGUAAUCUAUUAUAAACAGUAGCUGUAAAUUACUAGGAAUGUAUCAUGUAUGUAUAUUGUAAAUUUAAUCAUUCGACCAA